AACCAACCAACCAACGACCGUUGAAUAACCUGCGGGGGCGCGAAUCGGUCUCAAGUUCUCUCUCUCCUUCCUCCUCCUCCUCUUCUCGAGUCUUGACUUGAUCUCUCAUCAACAAGCUUCCAGAAACCUCUGCUCUACGGCGUCGUUGAACUCUUGUCACCUCCGUCUUCGUCACCGGACCGAUUAGAAGUAGAAGCGUACUGCUGACGCUGAUUUAUACCCUUGAUAUUUUGCUCUUCGGAAAUCCUUAUCAGGCGAUUACAGAAGGACGAAGAUAAAAUUAGUGAGCAGGAAAGGAGAAAUUCUUGCAGAUGCAUCUUCGAUUAAAUCGUUUUAGGGCUCAUUUCACCGUCGUCCUCCUUUGCUCUAUAUUUCUUCUGAUUUGGUUUCCAGAGUUUAUAGCCGGCGCAGUUGUUACACUUGAUUCCAUUGAAAUAUACAAAACCCAUGAGUUACUCAAGGAACCUAAUGUUUACUUCCAAUGUAAGGGAGAGAACAGGACAUUUUUGCCUGAUGUCAAGAAAAAGAAUGUCUUAUAUUCCUUCAAAGGCGAGGAAUCUUGGCAGCCUUUAACAGAACUUACGGAGAAAAAAUGCAAGCGGUGUGGGGUUUAUGAGCAUGACAGCUUUACAUCAAAUGACGUAUUUGAUGAAUGGGAGUUCUGUGCUUCUGAUUUUACAAGAUCUGACGGUAAAUAUGUUCAUAUGAAAGAGAAGGAAUUCAAUGCUACUUUCUUGUGCCCAGAAUGCGUUCCCCUUGGAAAUGCUUCAGAACAUUCCUCUGCAGCACAUAACAGGGAGAAGGGAAUGCACUGGGUACUUGUAGUUUUGAUCAGUGCUUCAGUUGGAGUGGUAGCGAUUCUUGCAAUGGUAGCUGCAUACAAGUAUUGGCAAAAGAGAAGGAAGCAGCAAGAGCAGGCUCGGUUCCUCAAACUGUUUGAGGAGGGCGAUGAAAUUGAGGAUGAAUUGGGUAUUGGUCCUCUUAGCCAUGUAAUAUAAAUAAAUAUUAAAGGCUAAUUAUUUUUCCAGUUAUCUGUGAAAUCAUCUUUGUAAAUGUAUCAUUUUGGAGAAAUAUCAUCUUGAUUUGUACAGAACUGUUAGCUGCAGGUAAGAAGCUAGUAAGACGGUAGGCGUGUAUAUUUGUUUCUGAAAAUCUGAGUGCAUUCAACGGCGGCGGGAAUAAAAUCAAUUUUGGACUACUGAUACAGUGUAUUCGAUAUAUAAAAUCACCUCUUGCUCU